CUCUUUUCUAUUCGUUUGAGUUUGAGAAAAAACAAACUCUUCCCCCUUUUCUCUCCUGUCCUUAGACACACACGCACAAAAAGAAAAGUAGCCACACUAUCAUCGCACGCACAUUUUCUUCUAUUGGUGCUCAAUAUUUUUAUGUUUGCUAGUAUAUAGCAAAGUUGAAAUACAUAAACAAAAACAAAGAACGAGCCCGCAGCACUUAAAAAAAGGCACACACAUACUGUGUGUUUCAAAAACGACAACAGCAACUGCUACAACCACCAUCAGUCCUUGUUAAUAAGAAAAGCAGCGUUCUUUACAAACCAAUAAAGGAUUAAAGUUGCCACAGGACGUAUACCGUGUAUCUUCCAUCGAAAAUAUCACGCAAUUACGAGCACACGCAACCUCUCCACAACCUGUAAAAACAUAAAACGCUCGUAUAAAGCAUGGCAGACGAGGACCGUUGCGCGGUGUGUGAUGACCCGACUUCGCGGGUGACUAACCAAAUCUUAUACUGCGAUGGCAAAGGUUGCGAUAUGCCUGUGCAUCAAUUGUGCUAUGGUGUUAGCAUUAUCCCCGAGGGCAACUGGUAUUGCGAACGGUGCAAUGCUCAGCGACGUGGAAGGCCGAUGGAAGUCGUGUGUUGCCCGCAACAAAGUGGCCCCCUAAAGCCCACCCAACACGUUGGCAAAUUUAUGCAUGUUGUUUGUGCCGCUUACAGCAAAGAUGUCAAGCACGACAAAGAACCGUAUUAUUAUAUAAACAAAAAUUUAGAUACCCAGCAAUGCUACGUGUGCAUGAAACGACAAGGUCUAUGUCUAAAAUGCAGUUUCCCUGGAUGCUCCAAAAGUUUUCAUGCUACGUGCGGGGCGAAUGCAGGCAUUCUUGCUGUUGGUUAUCCCAUGCCCACUGGCAAUCUCGUGAGGUGCAACGAGCAUCAGUCAUUUGACGAUGGCAUUUUUUCCAUGUCAUCUCAUUAUAAGAGACCAGGUUCACCGAUCAGAGAGUCCCCUACAAAGAUCUUAAAAUACGGCAAUGAAAACAGUAACGAGAGCGGCAGUAACGGUUUCCGCAAUAACAGCAGUAGUAGCAGCCUCAUCAAUAAUGGCUAUAGUGCCGGCAGUAAUGUCGUUAACAAUAACAGCAAUAACAACAACAGACCAAUAGUUGGAUUCAAACAAAAACCACUGUCAUUGUCGAAACAAACCGCUAAACCCCCAACAGCUACUGUCAAAACACAACCAUCAUCAUCGUCAUCAGCAGUGCCACAAAUGGCAAAUGUUAUUCGCAACAAGGCUAUUAUCACUCCAACAUCUGGAAUGGCAACCACCUCUCCAUCAUCUACGCCACCACCUCCAGCAGCUCAACAACAACAAUCAUCGUCUUCUUCUUUGUCUCCCACUUCUGCGGAAAUCGAACUUCGCAAUUCAGUCGAUCUUUUAAAAAAAGAACUGAUACAAAAGCAAUCCGCUUUGGACUAUCUCGAAGCGACACGCGAAAAUCUCAAGCACGAUCUUAAGACAACUCAGAAAAAAGCCAGCGAAUCGACUAAACUACAAGCAGAAUUAGAAGAAGAAAAGAAAAAAGUCGAAACCAUGCGCAAGGAAAUGCAGCAACAGAAAGAAUUUAAGCGGGUUGUGACCGAUAUCAUGAUGCAACUGAAUAUUAAACUUGCCAACAACACGGCGCCAUCGGUAACGAAAAUGGACGAAUACCUACGGCAAUUGCGGGAUACAUUGUCAAGAACGGGGCCUCCUGGUGAAGAGGAACGGUUUCAGAUCACGAACUUUGCAAACAAGCUGGCGCAAAAACGAAAGUGAUUUAAAGCUACAACAACAUCAGUACCCAUCAUCGCCCUGCCCACAUCACCUUCUAGAGCAACAGCAAUAGCAAGCACACCAUUAUAUUCCCAUUGUUCAUCAUAAUCCUCAAUAAUUACACCGAGCCCUGGAGCCUUGCAUCUGUACAACCAUCACUGUUGCAGAGGAAGCGAUGUAACUGCACUGGAGGGCUAUUCCUGGUCCUGUUGCUUUUUCAUUGUGUCUUUCUCAAAAUUGUUAUUAUUUGUAAAGGGGCAAGAAAAAAGAAAUUAUGUCGUGUGUUUUUAUUAUGUAACAUGUAACAUAGUAUAUUGUAAAGCAAACCAAGCAUCACGUAGAUGUAGAAAUAAAAAGUUUAA